ACAAAGACAUACAACAGAACUGCGAAAUGGGAAUAAUGCCAGAGAUCGGGAGGGCGUGGGUCGCCAUCGACUGCUAUAUAUAUCUCUGGAAUUAUGAUAACGGAAGUGAUGUCGCAUAUUAUGAUGGCUUAAGCGAAACCAUUCUUAGCGUUGGAUUAGUUAAACCCCGUGAAGGUGUCUUUAAGCCACACAUUAAAUACCUGUUGAUUCUGACGACAGCCGUUGAGAUACUAUUACUUGGCAUCACUUUUAGCACCUGUGAAGACGGCUCAGAAGGCGAGCUCCUCUUAGUUCCCGACCCUAUCUUCAGAGUGACGACCGAUAAUAUUGUGAUGAAUGUAAUCAUGGGUUCAGUCGACGGCCGCAUAUUUCUUGGUGGCAAAGAUGGCUGUCUUUACGAAGUGAUAUAUCAGGCCGAAGACGGA